GUUGGCGGGAGAGGGUGAAUUAUAUAUACAUGGAAAUGGUAGGUGUAAAAUAUGCUUGGGGAAGCAUGUGCUAUGUGCUACGUAAAUGCAAACUUGAACUUUGGGGGGCGCAUUGAAUGCUCUGAUGCUCUAAAUUCUAAGCUCGGAUCUGUUCUAUGCUGACUCAUCAGGGACAAGGAUCUUGACUGGGCUGCGCUGCAUGCUUGUUCGCAGCUAGCUACUUAGCUCCAUGUACUCCAUGUACUUUGUACAUAUUGUUUCCUUUACAUCUUCAAAUCAAAUCCAUAAUCCAAUGCAAGCUCGAACAUCCCAUAUUGCGUCUCCUCGAGUCCCACGGAUAGAAUUAUAAUCACUGCUAGAACGUAUUAUAUAAAUCCGCCAGCGAUCGAGAUGGCCUCCGGUUCACCAUUCUCGCUACGUCCUUGGCCUAUAGGCGACAAGAAACCGAAGAACCUCGGCGAGUUCAUCGCGCGCAUUAGCGUUCAAAGCGGUGGCUUUCGCAAUGUUACAGAGGCUAAAUUGCGCGAAGAGAUUGCAGCUCAGGAAGAUGGUCGCGUCGAAACCGAGGGUUCUUCCGACGAGGAGGAAGAUGAGGAUGCCGAGCUGAAAAGCGUUGUAGUUGCACGAGAAGAAUUCUUAAAAAAUAUCGAAAUCGCACACCAAUCCGCCAUGGUGAGUCUCGAUUUCGUCUCCCUCCUUCUUACGAAACAAGAUCCAAGAGCCUUGAACACGCUAUCGCCCGAGCUGCGUGAACUAGUCGGCAUUGGUACCCUAGGAGCCUCCAAGUUGAACGAGUCCAAUAUUACCGAAGAACGAAGGCAGGAUGAUAUCGCUGUCGCAACUGGAUGGAGGCUCAUGGGAGUCAACAAUAUGGUGGAUUCGGUUGUGGCAGCUGCAGAGAAACUUGAGAAAGAAAUGCAGCUGGAGACGAAAUAUUGGGCUGAUGUCUUGGCUGUCAGCGAAAAUGACUGGGCUAUUUGUGCCAUGCCUCAGGAGAAACACACACUUGGUGUACGGUUUGGUUUCGCCGAGUCCGCCCCCGAGUUCAGGAAUAGUAGUAUUGCUCCCCUUAAACGCAAUGAUGAUGGCACUGUUCACCUGGGGUUGGCUCGUGUCGGUGCUGGUUCUCAGAGAAUUCGGGUUACCCUCAAGAAAAACGGCAUAAUUGUGGAUCAGUCACCGUUACCUGGACGAAUACCGGACGAGGCGCCUCUCCAGGACCGCGUACGUGAAGCCAGAAAUACUGCCUUUCACCAGGAGUUAUGGUACGAGCUCAAUCGGGAAGCUCGUACCCUUCUUUCUUCUGAUGUUUACUCGGAUUCGUCGAGUAUCACUUGGAAGCAGGACUCGGAAACGGAUCUUAUCUUCACUCUCGAAGACCUUGGUGAACCGGAUAACGCCAAUGAAAGAAUAUUAAGCACGCAUUGUUCAUGUACAGCAUACUACAUCUACGUGCAGUUCCUCUUAUUCCAAGGUCACCGACAGAACUACUACCGACGCACGACCAUGGCUCAGCUCCCACCUAAUCGUAUGCCACCACCCUAUGCCAUUCUCCGUGCAGUAAUCGCAAGUAACGAGUAUUUCCAGGAUUGCAAGGCCAUGACGGAUUUCUUAGAUGAUUUAGUGUUUACGUUAAAACGUGCUGGCAUCUCGACCGCUACUUGCAAGUCGACCACACAACCACUCGCACCUACGCUUCUCCAGAGCAACCUAACCCGUCGCAACGCCAAAACCGAGCUCAACUUUAUAAACUAUCUAGUGGGCCGUCUGGAAUCUGCUUUUGAGUUGGCUAUCACGCCGGAAGCCAAAGUUUUCGUGCGAGCCCGCGUCGUGGUCGUACCCUACAUCCAAAUGCACUUUUUCAUCUCCCUUACACCAUUCCCUCAAAAUAACAACAAUAACAACCCGGAGAGUAAUAAGAAUGACACGUCUAUGAAUGAAGGAGUGAAAAACCCCCUGGCGGAUUUAUACCCACCCACCGACGCGAUACGCGAACCAUAUUCAAGUGCAAAGGAUGCUAUCUAUUUUAUUCAACAAGCUACGAUACGCGCUCUCGCACACAAGUUAGCUGAAGCUACGGCGGAGAAACUAGGCAGGGACGAUAUAUACUGGACCGAGACAGUGAACGGCCCCGGGGUAGUUGACGGGGAUGAUGGAGAGGCUCGAAUCGGCCUUAAGGAAGAUAACGACGGCCGUUUGAUCCUGAGCCUCGAUGGGCGAUGGCAGGAAGGCAAGCGUACGUCCCGGUCUCUCUCGACGUGGAAAGCGGAUCGGGGCGACGAGAAAGGAGACAGCAUCGCGGACGCCGUCCUCCGGGUCAUGCAGACGUAUCCGCAACCACAGGGUGAAGGAGCGGCCGAUUAGACAUCGGACCACACCCUUGAUAGCGAGACUAUACAGGACUUUGUUAGCAUGGCAAGCUCUCCUGCGAAACCCGACCAGUCUGCCAAGAAGUGGUUUUUAACAAUGCCGUAAAAGUAGCCAGGUUUACUGCUGCAGAAUUGGUUGUUGUCUUUUAAGGAUGACUUUUACGGGAAAGGGUUCGGUGGAUCGGGAGCAAGACCGGCAGGAUGGCACUUAGCAUUAGGUACCUGUUAUAUAGUUCCAGGGUACGGAAGUAGCUGGCUAGAAGUGACAAUUGCAACAAUACUGGAUAAUCCAA